AUGGAAAAGGUCAACCAAACCAACAGUGUCUCCGAGUUCAUCCUCCUGGGAUUUUCCUCCCAAAAUGAGGACCAGAAACCACUCUUCAUCCUUUUCCUCACCAUGUACCUCGUCACCAUAACAGGAAACCUGCUCAUCAUCCUGGCCAUCCGCUCUGAUCCUCACCUCCAAACCCCCAUGUACUUCUUCCUGAGUUUCCUGUCCUUCACUGACAUUUGCUUCAGCACAACCAUUGUCCCCAAGAUGCUGGUCAAUUUCCUGUCAGACAAGAAGACCAUCUCCUAUGCUGGGUGUCUCACACAGAUGUAUUUCACCUAUGCUUUGGCCAACAUUGAUAGCUGCCUCUUGACAGCCAUGGCCUUUGAUCGCUAUGUGGCCAUCUGUGACCCCUUCCACUAUGUGACUGUCAUGAGCCACCGCCGCUGUGUCCUGCUGGUGGCUUUUUCUGGUUUCCUUCCUCAGCUCCAUUCACUCCUACAUAUACUUCUGCUAACUCCUCUCGACUUCUGUGACUCUAAUGUUAUUGACCAUUUCUUUUGUGACAUCAACCCUCUGCUCAAAUUGUCCUGUUCCUCCACAUAUGUCAAUGAAAUUGUCAUCAUGAUAGAAUGCGCUGUUGUUCUGGUAACCCCCUUUCUGUGCAUUGUUUUCUCUUACAUACGAAUCCUCAUUGUGGUUCUCAAGACUCCCUCAGUUUCUGGAUUACGCAAAGCCUUCUCCACCUGUGGUUCCCACUUGACUGUAGUAACUCUCUUUUAUGGAAGUCUCUUCUAUAUUUAUUUACAGCCUUUGUCCAACUACUCUGUUAAAGCCCGUCUAGCAACAGUUGUCUACACAGUUCUGAUUUCCAUGUUGAACCCUUUUAUCUACAGUCUGAGAAAUAAAGACAUAAAGAGAAGUCUAGGGAAGCUGAUGAACAGGACCAAAUCCUACAUUGAGGGAGUGUCUCCCCAGCCUUCUUUUAGCCCCAUCACAUUUCCCCAGUGA